GAUGUCUUUACUCUGCCGAGUGGGAGGAGCCUGGUGUCUGACUCCUAGUUUAUUUUAUUAAAGUUUCACACACAAAGUAAACACUAUAGAGUAUCGAACUAAGUAAAACAAUUAAAACUGUAAACACUUUCAUGUAGGAUUGAAUAAAAUGCUUAACCUUACUGCAGUCACACCGGAAGUGCUGUUCGGUCUCGCGCAAGGAAACCGGCGCGCCAAAUUUCAAAGCACUUCCUGGGAAGGAAUGAUGGUUAUUACCGAGGACCCGAAAAGAGAGAUAAAGCUCCGGCUUGUGGCAGUCUGCCUUCAUAUGUAGGGAUGAAGAGCAUCUAUCAGUGUGACUUCACCUUCAUCUCCACACAUCUGCUUGCAUUGACACAACAGCAUUGACAAACAAUUAGUUCCUAUUUUUAUAUGCUAGAUUUUUUUUAUAUGAUGUGGCUGUAAAACUUUUACAGGAUUUUAUAUUUGAUGAUUAAAGGAAAUCUCCAAUGGAGGGUCGUGAUCCUGCCAGCGGUUCUGUAUAAGCGAUUUACAGGUGGCUGUCAUUUUGGCUUUUAUCCCUCGUGGUCUUGCCAUCAUGUUCCCUGGGAUUCACUCCUGUUUCCAGCUGUUGAGAAUAGGCACAUCGAGUGCUGUAAGCAGCCCCGGCACCGUUUCAGACUCGGUUCAUGACCUGUACACUUUCCGGCCAGCCCUCGCCAACUCUGUGUUCAGGUUGGGCAGGCGGGCGGAGUUGUGCGACGUCACUCUGGAGUCAUCGACCAUUUCACGUAUACAUGCUGAGCUACACGCUGAAAAACAGAGUGACGCUGCAGGAGAGGAAAGCUGGAAGGUCCAAGUGAGGGACCGAAGCAGCCAUGGUACCUGGGUGAACGAUGUCCGAAUCCAGUCGGGUGUCUUGUUGGAGAUAUUUGAUGGUGACACGCUGACCUUUGGUGGGCAAACAGAGCAAGGGAGCCCAGAGUUCUACUUCCUUUUCCAGAAGGUCAGGGUCAGUCCACAGGACUUUGAUGCCAUAACUGUCCCGAAAGCAAACUCUUUCUCGUCCAAUAUUAAUAACCGGAUUCGAACGAGUCUGGACUGCAAACAGGAGCCCAGCCUUGACAUUUCUAAGCUGUCCAUCAACAAAGCCACGGUCAUUCUAAACUCCAUUGGCAGCCUGAGUAAGAUCAAUGGCAGCUGCUGGACCUUCAAGAGGACUGACAAAACCACCGGCCUAAAUUCAGCCGACAUCCCAUCAUUUCAAACUUUGGUUCCACCUUCAACUCCUCCUUCUCUUUCCAACAAUCGAGAGACUGCAAAGUCCAUUCCACCGUCCUCCAAAAGUCGACGCAAAUCAGCCCACACCGUGCUUUUGGAAGACGACAGCGUGGAGGACCAUGAUGGUGCCCGGCCCGGCUUAGAGGAAGCGUGGAAAGCCAAAGCUGGCAAGAGACGACGUCUGUACAAGUCUGAGUCUGAGAUUUUCCAGUCUCCGCUGUCGAAUAUGGAGUUAAGUAUGAGGCCGCAGCUAGACACCAGGCCGGUCAUGCACAAGCAAAAUGCAGCCAUUAUCAAUCAGUUGAACAACAGAAAACUCGAACAUCCUUCUUUUACCUUGAUCCUGAAGCGGGAGAGUGAAAAUCCAGCCCACAACAAAAGUAUGAAUCUGGUGGGGUGCCGGCAACAGAAGCGUUGCUCUUCAGCUCUUCGCGGCAGGCGAAGGGCAAACAGCAGUCCUAUAUGUUCUUCACUAGUCGUCGGAGGUGAAAGUUAUCAGCUGGCGACUCCACCCACAAGGCUAGCCAAAGUGGUGAGGGGAAACGGCGCACGCUUCCACGCCACCACCAGACGGCGUGGCAGACCCAGGAAGCAUCCACCACCCCAGCCUUCCCUUCCGUCUCCCGCUUCCUCCUCCUCAUCGUCAUCGUCUAGCUCCUCCUCCUCUUCAUCUUCAGCAUCCUCGUCUUCAGAGGAUGAAGAUGACGAUGAAAACGAAGAAGAAAUGAGGGCAGUACAGGGCGUAGAGCCAUGUGCCGCGUUGUGUUGUCGUCUGCCGCAGCAGGACACGGUGCAGUGGGUGCAGUGUGAUGACUGCGAUGCCUGGUAUCACUUGGACUGCCUUCCAAACGACCGCAACCGUGCUGCAGUCCUGCUCGAUCCUACCGCUGAAUUCCACUGUGGCUGCUGCUGAGUGGCUCCACUUAUGGUAAUUAACAAGGCUGGUCAGACAAGCGGUGCGCCUUCAAGAUCCAUAUUUAAGCAAUAAAGUCUCUGUUGUUUGA